UGGCGUAGGAGGAGAAACUUGGGCAUAAGAUGGGAAAAAGUGGAGAAAUAUAAAAAUGUCAACGGAACUGAGCUAUUAAUGUGUCCUGACAACGAGUGAUUUGAGCAUUCAAACGUUCUCCAGCUCCUGCAAUUUGUGCAAAUUUACGUGUACGGUCAGAUGAUAGCUCUCAAUCGGAUUUAUUAUCUUUCCUUCAAGAGUCUAAACCCUAAUCUCACCGUCCGACUACAUUAUUAUGAUUCUAGCUCCUCCUUUUCAGACAGAUUUCAGACAGAGGAAGAUUGGAAUGGAUCUAGCCCGGAUGAUUAUCUUGAAUCCGUCGUCGCUUGACUAGGGCCAGGAAAUCUCUAGGAUUUGGACUGAUUUUUAGGAUUGUCUUUCGUCAUUGAAACACUCAAGAUGAAUUCGAUUGUGAUAUUGUCGGCACAUUAUAGGGUCAGGAUGAUGUUCUAUUUGUUCAUUCUUUCCUCGAGCUUGAUUAAUUAUAUCUUGGCUGAUUCUGGUGAACAUGAAAGUGCAGCGUUGCACUUAUUUCCAGGGGCUAUAAAACGAUCAUCGGCCCUAGUGAGUGGAUGUCAUUGCAACUGUACGUCAAACAACUAUGAUGAAUUGUCAAAUAUUGGUUUCUUUUCAUGUCAGUCGUCUGGUUGCAUCAAAUGUGCUCCAACAAAUUACGAUGUUUGUGUUUCCGCCUUCACUGACAGCGAAGGCAACCAACAGUAUGGCAUGUAUGUAUGUCUUACAAACCAACAACAAGCAACAGCCAUGUGCCUUUAUAGUCUUCAGAUACCUCACUUUAUCUGCGAAAAUACAGAUAACCAGUACAUCGAAUGUCAGUAUGAAAGGGGAAAUGAGGAAUCACUCUGCACAUUUAAAGCGCCGACUAAAACGGUCGCUGAUGGCUGCUAUCCGCUCGCUCCUUCUUGUCCGGAUAGUUCGAGGGUUUGUUGUGAGAGUGCACGUGACUGCAGUUGUCUAUCAAACAUCGUCGCUCCCAGCUCGGAUAUCUGCUUGCAGAAGUCUGUAGCCAACGGUUUGUGGGGUUCAUGCGAGUGUGACGCGUACACUAACAACGGAUCGCCGGUUUGCGGAGCAUGUGGCGAGUGCUACGAUGACGACGAAGAUGAUGACAGUACUCCAGAUGACACAAAUGGUGCUUCAGGCAAGAACCCUAAAGGAGGUGAUGGAGUAGGUGAUAUCGGUGGGUUUGAGGAAUCACAUCAGGAUCCCAUGAAGAUUGCCGGCGUAGUCGUCCCCAUCGUCGCCAUCAUUGUCUUUCUCGUUGUCGCUAUGCUUGUAGUCUGGAGGACUGGAGGAAUUCCAAAAUGCAUGAAGAGAAGAUGUAUAUGUACCUGCGAAGAAACGGGUUCUAUGAAAGAACUACCUGUGAAGCGAUCACCCAGCGGCCCGGACCAAGAAAACCAUUACGAAAUUGAGCCCAACGAGGAACCGCAUUUCUACGCAGGUGUCCGUAACAUAGACUGUACCAACAGGUCAGAACAGGAUGGACCCCUGACCAACGCUCAAGAAGACACCAAUGGAUACCUAUGGUAUCGAGGAGAGGGAUCAUCAAAGAAAGAUUCAUCAGACCUUGAUCAAAACAAGAAAGAUCCAGGAGACGGCCUGGUCUAUUAUGAGCUAGAAGAAACCAAAGAAAAUCUGGAAGACAAAGCAGUGACUGAUACAACACCUGAGUAUCUUGAAUUUGAUUUGGAUGACAAGCCGAAGGCAGCUAAAGAAGAAACGCAACCUCAAGAGACAGUGAAGUCGACGGGGCAACCACAGAUUCAGGAUAGUCCGGUAGUAGACGUGGCCGAGGAGGAUUGUCAGUACGGGAAACUUGACCGUAGUCCCAACAAAUCAGGACACCUCAAAAGCCACCCUAAUCCUCCAGGAGAUGACGAGUAUGGACACCUAGAACCUGUGAACAGUGAUACAGGAGAUACUCCAGGGUGUCCUACAGCAGAGACGUAUCAGACCCUGGACAGGAGUCCAAUGAUGAAGCCAGUUGAUGAGAGCUUGAAGGUGGAGAGCGGUGCAGAAUAUGGACAGCUUGAUAUGACUGAAGCUGAACAGCUUGCAGCGCCAUCUAGUGACGCCCCUCUCCCCGAGACAGUAGAUCCUACGCGAAAGAGAACGCCGGAUGAUAUGCCCCCGAGUAGUGAGGAAGUGUAUGGGACUCUUUAAGGAUUAAAUUGAGUUCUAAUCAUAAUGAUCACAUUGUGAAAGAAAUCUGGAAGCAAUUAGGAAAAGCUGAUAUUUACGUAUUACAUAAGAAUAUACAUUAUGUUAGGUUUUGUAAUUAUCAUGAUAAUAAAAUAACGCGCACUCAUGCUGAAAGUCACUUGCAGUGCACACUAAAGUGUGAGUUUAUGGGACUACACAUAUGUGACAUGGAAGUUUGGUCAGAAACGUUCAUAUUUCCCCCCUCAUAUCCCCUCAUGUUUCAUAUAUGAGGGUAUUUGAUGAGCAACCCCUCAAAGGGGACAUUUCUAUUAUGAUAUUCUUCCAAACAAACAUUGAAGAACAAGAAAUUUGAGAUAUUUUUGUUCAAGUACCUUCAACAAAACUCAACCUUUUUAAUCAAUAUCUAUUCCCAUUCCUGCAUCAUUCAAUACACAUUUCUUGUAAACAUUUUUGUAUUUCACAUGUCUUUUAUGAGGCCAAGGUUGUCGGAAGUACUCCGAAAAUAGAAAGGGAAUGAAAAAUGGUUUCUGUACGUGACAUUUAAAAUGGAAAUAUUCAUUCGUGUAUUGUAUAUGUUCGUUGAUUUAUUUCCUUGUUGAAAUGUAGGCCUAUGUCUCAAGUUUGUGCAUAGCAAUGUAAAUUUUGUUUAUGUAGUUCUGAUAAAGAGUAAUCCCUUAUACAUCCCUUCGAAGUGCCCCGUUUAUUCUUAAAUUUCCUGUUAUUUCCACUGUGAGUGUUUUCAUCACUUUCAGCUAAUAUACAUGUAGCUCACACCAUAUUGUCAGGUUAGUCAUAUCUUAUCAUUCUUCAUUAUGAUUCAAAAUGUAAUUAAAUGGAAGUCAAUCCUCUUUUGAGGAAGUUAGUCUGUUUUAUACUAAUAUUUCAUAAAAUACACAUUUUCUAGUUGUAUGCACUGCUGGGCGAAUCCAUGCAAUGUUUCUCGUACGGCAUGUGUCUUUUAUUAUCUUCAUAUUAUCAUUAACUGAUGACGGUGAUGGCGAAAGAACAAUAAGUCAAUGGUUAUCUUUAUAUAUUUUGUUCAUGUUUGGAUGAAAUAAAAGGGAAAAAAGAAUUACUGUGCAGGACCAAUUAGAGAAGCGAAUCGCCCGACUGACAAAUGCCAGAACCUAAUAAGGCGCACCCCCUACCCCUGUCCGAAGUUUUGCACAAUGUGUUUAAUGGCAAAGAUAUUCAUGAAAAAGUAUAUUUUUGCAUCAUCAAAAUAUGUCCCCCAAAAGACGGUUUAUAAUCAAUAGCUCAGUCCACCAAAUUGUAUUGGCUGGUUCACUUCUAUUUGCUUGUACUAUCUUCGUCGACAUUGAGGUAUGAGAAGAGAUCAUCUUUAAAUUAAGUAAGAUUAGAUUUUGACCAACAUCAUCAUAGUAUAAGAAUCAGUGAUGAUGUAUUCGACUUAUUCAGAUGUGAACAUGCUGUCGAAGUUCAGAUCGUACACUCUCUAUGUAAUGAGUUGAAGUACAAUGCACUUCGGAGUCAUACUUAAAGUGACUCGGUAACAUUGUCUCAGAUUCUGAAACGAAAUCAUGGAUUUAGCUCAUGCUGCAAUGACAAUUAUAAAUAGUUAGGUCAGUCAGGAACCCCAUGACUUGUACAAGCCGAUCGCCUGUCUGAUUAUCAAGAUAUUGAUGAUUGGAAAUCGAAAUCAAAUUUUGAGUUUCUAAAGGUCUUUAUAACGCUACAGUCUUGGGAAAAAUGAGUAUAGUAAAACCGGUCACUCGAAGACUUUUACUUUUUUGAGGCACUUCAUGAUCAUUUUGAAGCGCAUUUUUUUAGGGCUACAAUAUCACAGACACUGAUAACACGUAGGGCCAUGCAUCUCAGAUUUAACAUUGUUAAACGAUCCCUUUAAUAUGACUCAUUCUGUUUAGAGUGGCAUCCAUACUAAAAAAAACACUUUAGAGGGGCUUUAAGCUGUUCUUUAGUAUAAAUAAGGAAAUGAUUUUGUGUGGAAACAUUAAACGCGCGUGAUACUUUAAAUAAGGAAGGAAGAUCACAAUUCUCUGUCUAAAACUGUUGUUUGAAACAUGAAACCACAAAUUUGUUUAAAAUAAAGUAAUUCGUAUUCACAUCCCACUGGAUUAUUAUAGUAUUGUGUAUUCAUAGUUUUUGUCUAAGAUAUGAUAAUUUGAUUAGAAAUUUAAUGGAACUUUCUAUUUUUGCAAAUAAAGAAACAAGAUGUCAUGCAAUUGAAUUCACUACCUAGUCAAUAAUUUAGCUAGAAAUUAAAAAUAAAAUGCUUUAACUGAGCGCAAGAUAGGCUGUAUUAUGUGAAAGGUGACUUAUUUCGUCGUAAUAAUUUUCUGAUUCAACACGUUUGGGGGUCUUAAAAUACACAUUGUAUCUAUGUA